AUGGCUUCCCCUCAACGAAUCCGCACUCCCAUCACCGAUCUCUUGAAGAUCAACCACCCCAUCCUGCUGGCAGGCAUGAAUGUGGCUGCCGGUCCCAAGCUGGCUGCCGCUGUCACCAACGCUGGUGGCCUCGGUGUGCUCGGUGGCAUUGGUUACACCCCGGAUAUGCUCCGCGAGCAGAUCGCUGAGCUCAAGAGCUUCUUGACCGACAAGAAGGCGCCUUUCGGUGUCGACCUGCUCCUUCCUCAGGUUGGCGGCAGCGCUCGCAAGACCAACUACGACUACACCAAGGGUAAGCUCGGAGAGCUUGUCGAUAUCAUCAUCGCGGAGGGCGCCAGCCUUUUCGUCUCUGCCGUCGGUGUUCCUCCCAAGGCCGUCGUCGAGAAGUUCCACAGCGCCGGUAUCCUCACCAUGAACAUGAUCGGUCACCCCAAGCACGUUCAGAAGUGCCUCGAUGUUGGUAUCGAUAUUAUCUGCGCCCAGGGUGGUGAGGGUGGUGGUCACACUGGUGAUGUCCCAACCACCGUUCUCAUUCCCACGGUUGCCAAGUUGGUCGAGGGCAAGACGAGCCCCCUGACCGGCCAGCCCGUCCAGGUCAUUGCUGCCGGUGGUCUGUUCAACGGUAACUCCGUUGCCGCUGCUCUCAUGCUCGGUGCUUCCGCCGUCUGGAUCGGUACUCGCUUCAUUCUGUCUGAUGAGGCUGGUGCCCCCAAGGCCCACCAGGAAGCCGUCCGCACCUCUGGCUUCGAGGACAACAUCCGUACUAUCAUCUUCACUGGUCGUCCCCUCCGCGUUCGCAAGAACAACUACAUCCUCAACUGGGAAGAGAACCGCCACGAAGAGAUCAAGCAGCUCACUUCCAAGGGUAUCAUCCCCGUUGAGCACGAUAUGGAGAACCUGCCCGAUGACGUCGACGAUGAGACCCUGGACAACGCUCGUCCCUACCUGAUGGGUAAGGUCGCUGCCGUUGUCAACGAGAAGAAGUCUGCCAAGGCCAUCGUUGACGAGCUCGUCACUGAUGCCGCAGCUCUCCUCCAGAAGGGCAACAAGAUGGUUGCCAAGCUGUAA